AUGUAUAAUCCGGGUUGGAGAAAUCACCCAAACUUUGGGUGGAAAGCUAAUUCCAAUAACCAAAACCCACUCGGAUAUGCUCAACGCGCUCCCGCACCGCAACAGUCCCAGGGGCAAUCCUUUCAGCCCCAGGGACAAUCUUUUCAGCCAUCAGGACAAACCUUUCAACCACGUUACAAUAAUUUAGGUUCAGGAAGCACUUCCCAGCCACAAACAUCUCACAACAACUCGAAACUAGAGGAGAUGAUGGUGCAGCUGUUAAACAACUCCAACAAUGCCAACCAAAUAACUGAGAAACAAUACCAACAGCAUGAGGAGCGUUUCAUGGCACAAGAAGGGGAAAUGCGGAGCCAGAAGGCUUCAAUACAAACCAUUGAGAAUCAAGUCGGCCAAUUGGCCAAGAUGUUGUCUGAAAGACCACAAGGUAGUCUUCCAGGUAACACAGAACCAAAUCUAAGAGGGCACGUUAAUGCAGUAAUGACGAGGAGUGGUAAAACCAUGGGACCUGACAAAUCGGACUCACCACCGAUCAGUGAUAUGGUCCAAACUGACGCUUCAGAUGAGGUGCAGGCUAGGCGAGUCCCAGCAAGUACAACACAGUUCCAGGAGCCAGUUAAAGACUUCAUUCCUCAUGUCCCAUAUCCGAGCAGACUGAAGAAGCAGAAGAACGAUGAACAACAUGGUAUGUUUUUAGAGAUGUUUAAACAAUUACAUAUAAACAUACCAUUUGUUGAGGCAUUGGCUCAAAUGCCUAAAUACGCCAGAUUCUUAAAAGACAUCCUCACAAACAAGCAGAAGCUCGAAAGCUUGUCUUGUGUGUUGAUGAAUGAAAACUGUUCAGCCCUUCUCCAAAACUGUCUACCUGAAAAGAUGGGAGAUCCGGGCAGUUUUACUCUUACCUGUCUCAUUGGCAGCAUGUCGGUCAGUCACGCAUUAGCCGAUUUAGGAGCUAGCAUAAACCUUAUGUCGUAUAAGGUCUUUGCUAAAUUAGAUCUGGGUGAACCUUCACCCACUAGAAUGAGCAUUCGACUUGCAGAUCACAUGGACGAAGAUUCAAAAGUGCCAUUAAUACUUGGACGACCAUUCCUCAAUACUGCGAGGACGAUUGUUGAUGUGGUAACUAGCCAAAUCACACUCCGAGUAAAUUACGAGCACGUGAAUUUCGAUAUUAAAAGAUCAAUGCAACAUCCGCAAAGUCACGAUGACAUGCUUUACUAUGUCGACAUUGUCGAUACUUGUGUAAGCUCUCAUUUCCAAGGCACUAUUGAAGAAAUUGAUACGGACACACAUUUGUUGUGUGAGAACCAAAAUGGCAUUUUGCAGGAGGGCCACGAAACUGAGCAGCCGGUUUACCAAAUCGGUGAAGAUGGUUCUCAAAGUCCAGAUCAAUUUAUGGAGAUUGACCGUGAAGUUGAAGAAAAGUCCAAACCAUCGGUUGAAGAUCCACCGUCAUUAGAGUUAAAAGAACUAACACCGCAUCACGAGUAUGCAUUUCUAGACGAGGAGUGUCGCAUGCCACUCAUCAUUUCAGCAUCUUUAGUAAAGAAGAAAAGAGACAUCUUCUCGAAGUUCUAA